AUGCAUUUUGAUACAUCGUUAAUAAUAUUACUAUCAUUUAAAAUUCGAACAUGUAUUAUGUACAAUAUUUUUAGACUGAUAUUUUUUAUUCAAUUUAUUUCAUGUGAUUAUGAUGAAGUAAGUUUCAUGUCAUUAAUUGAUUAUAAUCGUGGUGAUUAUUCUAAUUUAAUAUUAUCUUCUCCUCACGGCGGUUUUCUCGGAGCUAAUAUAACGAUGUUACAAAAAUUACCGAAUGCUGGUUGUUACAAUAAUUCACUACAACGUUGUGUAUAUACUGAACGAGAUUGUCUUCGAUUAGAUAUAAAUGGUUCAUUUAUAUUUCAAUCAGAUGCACGUUGUGUCAAUGAAAGAACAUCAACAUCUCAAAUGUUUUAUUUAACAUUGGCUAUUGCAAAUGAAUAUAAAACAUUAACUAAUCAUCGUCCAUAUACAAUUUUAAAUAGAUUAACGCGACAAUAUUUAGAUCCGGCAGAAGAUUUACUUAUGGGUACAUUUUUACUUGAAAAUGCUACUCGUUUAUACAUGGAUUAUCAUCGACUUAUUGCCAUGUCUAAAGAGAGCAUUAAAUCACGAUAUAGUCGUGGUCUAAUGAUUGAAUUUAUAUUUCAUAAAUAUUCACAAACAAUUCAUUUGGGUUACGGAUAUAGUCAUCAUGAAUGGAAAACUCAUAAUUAUAAUUUAUCGAAAUCAACAAUCAUGGAAUUAUUAGUCAGAAAAGUUGAUCCAACAAGUGUCAUUGUUGGUAAUCAUUCAUUGAGCCAUUUUUUACAAUUAGUCGGUUUUCAACAUGUUAUUCCAUCAUUACGAAAACAAAAUUCAGAUGAACAUAUAAUUAAAUAUCGUCCAUCAACUUAUUCAACAGAAAUACAUAGUUGUAAAACAUUAGGUGGACGAAUUAAUUCAAUAUUAUUCUCUUAUCCAAUCGAAAGGUUACGUUCACAUUCUCUAAAUAUGGAAGCAUCACGGAUAGCUCAAGCAGUACAUAAUUUUAUAAACGCAAAUGAUAUGAAAUUAUUAUCAUCAAAUGCAUAUUCUAUUGAGUCAAUGCAAUAUUUUCUCUGGAGUUUUAUAUAUUUACUUCCAUAUUGUUUUCUGCAUAUUUAG